AUGUUACAAUCGUCUAUUCAACGUCUCCAAUUUGCUCAAGAAGGUUUUGGUGAAUCAAUGUUAGCUGUACCUCGUAUACCGGCAACUUCAACUAACAAUCAAGAUAAUACACUACUUGUACGACUUUCAUCAUCUAUGUAUGUUCCUGGUCCACAAGAUUAUUUUAAACGUAAACAUGAUUAUAUUCAAAUUGAAAUUGAUAAAUUACAAAAGGUUUUAUAUGAUAAAUUAUUAACAAGACAACAAAUUAAUGGUAUAUUACAAAUGCAUCUUCAACAACAACAGCAGCAACAACAACAACAACAACAGAAAUGA